AGUCCCCCGCCCACGGUUCAAACUGGAAAAAUGGCGGGGGCUCCUGAGUUGGUAGUCCUUGACCCUCCGUGGGACGGGGAGGUAGUUCCCGGGACAGACAACCAGGCCUUGGUCCCUGCCAUCCCCCGAGAGGACUUUCGGGUGCGCUGCACCUCGAAGCGGGCUGUGACGGAAAUGCUACAACUCUGCGGGGAAUUUGUUCAAAGGCUCGGGGACGCUCUGCCGGAGGAGAUUCGGGAACUCGCGCUGCGAGAUGCGCAGUGGACUUUUGAAUCAGCUGUGCAAGAGAAUGUCAGCAUUAAUGGACAAGCAUGGCAGGAAGCUUCAGAUAAUUGUUUUAUGGAUUCUGACAUCAAAGUACUCGAAGAUCAGUUUGAUGAAAUCAUAGUAGAUACAGCCACAAAACGUAAGCAGUAUCCCAGAAAGAUCCUGGAAUGUGUCAUCAAAACCAUAAAAACAAAACAAGAAAUUCUGAAGCAGUACCAUCCUGUUGUACAUCCAUUGGACCUGAAAUAUGACCCUGAUCCAGGUGAGUCAGUGUUCAUUUAUGAUGAAAAUGAAGCAUCAGCGUGUAAUUUUCAUGACUUCCUUAUACUCUUCUAAAAGGGUCAGCAUCAAGAGUAUCUUCCCUCUGAUGCUUUAACUUCCUGCCUGUCAUCCAUACUUAGCUGUUCACCUAGAAUUAUGAGAACUUGCUCUGUAUCUAUUGACUCAGUUUCCAGGGAUAGGACCUAGGAAUCUGAACUUGUAUAAAGCUCUGUCCUGACCUAGAAUAUUAUAACACAUACCCAUCUCUAAGUUCUAUUCUAAUACCCUCCUGUCUCUAACUGCUAUUAUACCAUUCUUUGCAUUACAAAGUUAUAAUAUUAAAGCAUAUUCUCAUAGUGUUACUCCCCAAUGCAGUAACUUUCUUUGGUUUCUAGUUGUUUAGGAAAUAAAAUACAAUGAAAAUUUUAAUAUUGAAUUUAAGAAUAGGUAAGUACAUUUAUUAUGCCUUUGAACUCAGUUCCGCUUCCAUUUAGAUGCAUUCCCUAAAACAUAGAGAAAUACAAUUGAUACAGACUUAUGUUAAAUCAGCAACAGAACUGGCAUUGCUAAAAACAUGGCUCAUAUAUAUUUUUAAGUGGCUCUGUUCUCACAUUUUAAAAUUUAUAAUAGUUUUCCUAAGAGAAUCUUUGAAAUUUGCCUUUGAUACUCAAAAAUGCAAAUUACAAAAGAACAGUUAAACUCUUGAUUUAUUUGUAUGGGAUAUGUAUACUUACAGCUCUGAGUACCUGACCUUUGUUGAAUUCUGAACUACUUUUUACCAUGUCCCUGCUCCUUCCCGAAUCUCCUAAGGCAAUGGGAUCAACUGAGAAGAGGAAAUACAAACAUAAAGCUACCCCGAAGUUGGUUAAAAAUCACAUCACUCACAAUGUUUGACAUUAAAAGUUGACCUAACACUUAAUAAAUUGUCAUGGUUCACUAAAAAGAGGUAGUUGCCAAAAUGCGGUGGUUGACGUAUACUUGUUUUGGUUUUGAAUAACAAAAAUGGUAAUUGAAACUUGUGGUAUCAUAAUAUAUUCAAGUAUUACUUUUUAGAUACAGUUCAUUUCUCUCUAAAGAAACUUGGUUACCUUUUUAUCUUAGGAGGGAAAAUGUAAAUAAUUCUUUGUACAUGAUUUUACUCCUAUCAUUCUGAUUAUGUGGUAUUAGUGGAAGAAUCUAAUGUAUCAUAUAAUUCUGACUUCCAAAGUAAGCAAAAGAAUUAGAAUCUAUGUUUUGGAUAAAUUUUGAGAUAUUUGUUAUUCAUUUAUAUAAUGUUUAUAAGCUCAGAAUAGCAUCAGUUCCUUAAAGAUAGCGAAGUUAAUGUGUAGCUAUUAACUUUGUAUCCUUGGCCAAAAAGUCACUUGACUUCUUUAAGCCUUAGUUUCUUUAGUGGUAAAACGGCAAAUUCUAGAUUUGGAACCUGAUGCUUUAGGUGUGAAUUCCAGCUCUGCCAUUAAACAUUACAGAAUGUCCUGCCUACUUAUCAAGGUUGUAGUAUAAACCAAAUCAGAUAAGGGGCUGUGUAAACUAUAACUAAAACAACGUGUAAGUAUUAGUUUAUGGAGAUGCUACAUAACGAUAACCCUGUUAUAAGUUGCAUCCCAUUUACAGUAGUAUACCUUAUAAUAUUGGUCUUCCUGUUUCACUCUUGCUGUAUUCCAUCUCAUUAUACAUAGGCAGAGUGAUUGUUUUUUAUCCUUUGAAAUAUUUCAAACAUAUAGCAAAUAUGGAAUAUAACAUAGUGAACAUCUUUGUAUUUAUCAUCCAUGUUUAAGGGCUAUUCACAUUUAUCUUACUGGCUUCAGACCUUUUUAGCAGCUAAAACAUACAGAUAGGUUGAAACUUUCUUUGUGCCCUUCACCAUUCCAUUCCACUUUCUUUUAGCUCAGAAGUAUAACCGUGAUCCUCGGGCUGUGUGAAUCCUUCCUAUCCAUGUUUUUAUGCUUAACUUUAUAGCUAUGGGUCCAUAAAUAAUAUAUGGCGUUUGUUUUUAAAUUUUUAUAUAAAUCGUAUCAUACUGAUCAUAUCAUUCUGCAACUUUUUAGUUUACGUUCCUACCAGCAGUGUAUAAAAGUUCUAAUUCUCCACAUCCUUACCAGCUCUUGUU